CAUUAAUAUUAAAAUAUUGAAUAUUAAAUUAUAAAAUAAUUAAAAUAAUAAUGUCUUCUCAUUAAAAGAUAACCAUUAAGUGAAAAUAAAUCGCAGACUAGGAAAAAGUAUUCACAAAACAUAUCUGACAAAGACCCUGUUCCAGAAUAUAAAAUGACCUCCUAUAAUCAAUAUUAAAAGCUGAAGCACCCAUUUUUAAAAUGGGCAAAAGCUUAAAUAGACACUUCAGAGAGGAAGAUAUAAAUGGCGAGGAGCAUAUUAAAGAGUACUCAAUAUCAUUAAUUGCCAGGGAAAUAUAUAUUAAAACUUCACUGAGAUACUUCACCCAGUAGCAUGGCUAAAAUUAUAAAGUCUGAAAACAUCCAAUCUUGGUGAAGAUUUUUAGUGGGAAUAUGUCAUAACCAUUUUGGUUUGACAGUUUCUUAUACAUUUCAACAUAAAUUUACAUAAAUAUCCCUUUAUUCAUGUAAAUUCUUCACCUAGAUAUUCUUCCAAGGGAAUUGAAAACAUAUGUCCAUACCAAAAAAAAAAAAAAAAAAAAUGUAUCAAGAAUGUUCAUAGUGUUUUUUGUUCACAAGAAUCCAAACUAGAAACCACUCAAAUGUCCAUUAUCAGGAACUGGUAAACAAAUCAUAGUAUACUCAUAUAGUGGAACACUAUUCAGCAAUAAAAAGGCAUGAACUAUUGAUAUAAAAAACAGACAGAGGCGCUUGGGUGGCUCAGUUGGUUAAGUGUCUGACUUCAGCUCAGGUCAUGAUCUCAGGGCUCAUGGGUUUGAGCCCUGUAUCAGGCCCUGUGCUGACAACUCAGAGCCUGGAGCCUGCUGCAGAUUCUGUGUCCCUCUCUUGCUCUGCCCCUCCCCCGAUCAUGCUCUGUCUCUCUCAAGAAUAAACAUUAAAAAAAAAAUUUCACAGACAUCAUGCAGAACACAGCAGCAUGAGUACUCCAUGAUUUAAUUAAGGUGCAAAAUAUCAGAAUGAUGAUUUUUGAAAAUAGUGCAGAGGAUAAUGACAAUGAGGAUGAUGAUUCUACUAGAUAAUGACAUUAUUGAUUGAGUAGCUGCUAAAUCCAGUCACAGCCAACAAUGACAGAAUGAAGUAGAUUACUCUUAUUAGCCCCAUUUUACAGCAGAAAGAAUUCAGGCACAUAAAGUUUAAGUUACUUUACUUAAGCUUUUCCAAGGCCACACAAGGGCUGAAUCAGAUUUACAAACCAGUGUCUGUGCUCUUAAGCACAGAUUGAUCAGAUCUUUCUUCUCGGCUUUAGGUAUUUCUGGUUUUCUCAGAUGUAGGGAGGAGAAGAGAGAAGGAAAGAGAGGCAAAAGAAGGAAUAAGGGAUAGAAACACAAAGAUAUGUAGUCAGUGAAGAGCAGAGCAGGAAACUAUUAUGAAUAUUUUUACAUCAAAGGUUUUAAAAAUUUCUGGGAGGUUGGUGAUCUGCAAACAAGCCAAAGAUUCUUAAGCUAAAGUGAUUAAAUGUUGGGCUGAGGUCAGGAAAUGAAUCAUAGAUUCUAGAGCUGCAAACUAAAAUAUUAAAGCAUCUAGGAGAAAAUGUAGGAAAAUAUAUUCACAGUCUUGGGUAGGAGAGAUGUCUUAGAGUAAGAUACCUUAACAGUAAAAGAAAAAUAAAGAAAUUAAAUUUCAUCAAAAUUAAAAGCUUCUGCUCAUCAAAAAUCACCAUUAGAAAGUAAAAAGGCAAGGCCUUUCUCUUUCUGCCACCUUGGAACCUUUGGAGGCCUGCUGGGAACAGGACUCCUGAAAUGACAAAUAUGUCGGGAAGACUGUGGUCCAAAGCCAUUUUUGCUGGCUAUAAGCAGGGUCUCCAGAACCAGAGGGAGCAUACAGCUCUUCUUAAAACUGAAGGUGUUUAUGCUCAGAAUGAAACUGAAUUCUAUCUAGGCAAGAGAUAUGCUUAUAUGUACAAAGCAAAGAACAACACAGUGACUCCUGGUGGCAAACUGAAUAAAACCAGAGCAAUCUGGGGAAAAGUAACUUGUGCUCAUGGAAACAAUGGCAUGGUUCGUGCCAAAUUCCGAAGCAACCUUCCUGCUAAAGCCAUUGGCCACAGAAUCCGUGUGAUGCUGUACCCCUCAAGGAUUUAAACUAACUGAAAAGUAAAUAAAUAAAGGUGUAGA